UAAAGACUAAGUUCCCUGACCUGUCAUAGCCUAUGUGUUUUCCCCUUUCAGACAACUUCUGACAGGACUCAUGCAAAAGGAUGAAUGGAUCUCCUGGAUAACACAUCAGGUGUUUCUGAGUUCAUCCUGCUGGGACUUUCCAGUUCUCAAGAAAUUCAAAUACUCUUUUUUGCAAUCUUCUUUCUCAUCUACGUAGCCAUCAUAGUAGGAAACCUCCUCAUCGUGAUCUCUGUGAUAUUUGAUAACCAUCUUCACUCCCCCAUGUAUUUCUUUUUGGCAAACUUAUCACUUUUUGACUUAUGUCUUUCCUCUGCUGCAACUCCAAAAGUGAUUUCAGACUUCCUCAGAAAACGCAAGACCAUCUCUUGGUGGGGCUGCAUGACUCAGAUGUUUUUUAUGCACUUCUUUGGAGGUGGAGAGAUGUCUCUUCUGAUAGCUAUGGCCAUUGACAGGUAUGCUGCCAUAUGCAGACCUUAGCACUACAAGACCAUCAUGAGUCACAAGGUGCUCACUGGGUUACUGCUGCUCUCGUGGGCAGUUGGGCUCAUGCAUACCACGAGCCAGAUGGUUUUCACAGUGGGUUUGCCCUUCUGCGGCCCCAAUGUCAUGGACAGCUUCUUCUGUGACCUUCCCCUGGUCAUCAAGCUGGCCUGCACUGAGACCUACACUCUACAGCUCUUGGUGGUUGUCAACAGUGGACUCCUGUCCCUGGGUUGCUUCCUCCUCUUGCUCAUGUCCUACAUUCUCAUGCUGGUCACCAUCUGGCAACACUCCUCCAGCACAUCCUCCAAGGCUCUGUCCACACUAUCUGCUCACAUCUCUGUGGUCACUCUCUUCUUUGGUCCUGCUAUCUUCAUCUAUGCUUUCCCGUUUAAUAGCUAUUCUGUAGAUAAGUUUCUUUCCAUAUUUUACUCUAUAAUCACCCCUUUCCUUAAUCCAAUUAUUUAUACUCUGAGGAAUCAGGAAAUGAAGGCAGCUAUGAAGAGACUGAGCAAGCAGCAUAUGGUUUCUUGGCUCACCCACUAA